AGAAUCAAACUCUAUAUAUUAACCUUUUUAAAUAUUUAAAAACUUGCUCAGCCCAAAUCCAAAAUAUAGAUGAAGCCGUAAAGCUCAAAAGUUAAGCCCAACAUUUGAUUGAAGAAAUCGAAAAGCUCUCAAAUUUCUAACCAUAUUGAAAAAAAAAAAAUGUCUCCUCUUUUGUUUGUUUAAUUAAGCAGCAGAGAUUAUUUGUUUCACAAUUCCUGUGUCUGGAGUAAUAACAGGCACCUUUUUAAAUUGAAAACCCAGAAAGCUUCAACACGAGUGAAUAGAAUACGAAGAAUAAGGUUUUGGGAGCUUAGGAAGAAAUUUGAAAGAAAUGGAGAUAGAAUUGGAGCCAAGGGUGAAGCCGUUGAGUUACAAAGUGAAAGCAACAUCUCGAGAGUCACCCUCUCAGAAAGCCUCUCACGUGCUCGACACCGACCUCAGGACUCAUUGGUCCACUGCUACCAAUACUAAGGAAUGGAUCUUGCUUGAGCUUGAUGAACCUUGCCUGUUGUCACAUAUACGGAUUUAUAACAAAUCUGUGCUUGAAUGGGAGAUAGCUGUUGGCUUACGCUAUAAGCCAGAGACAUUUGUAAAAGUUCGACCCCGCUGUGAAGCACCCCGCCGUGAUAUGAUGUAUCCUAUGAACUACACUCCAUGCCGUUAUGUACGAAUAUCUUGUUUACGAGGAAACCCAAUCGCAAUUUUUUUUAUUCAGUUGAUUGGGAUAUCGGUGACUGGUCUUGAACCAGAGUUUCAGCCAGUUGUUAAUCACCUAUUGCCGUACAUUAUGUCAAACAAACAAGAUGCUCAUGAUAUGUAUCUCCAGUUGCUUCAAGACAUGACAGAUCGAUUACAUGUGUUCCUUCCCCAUCUUGAGGCAGACAUUGCCAGUUUUUCUGAUGGUUCUGAUUCCAAUUUACGUUUUCUGGCGAUGCUUGCUGGUCCAUUUUAUCCAAUACUUAACAUAGUGAAUGAAAGAGAUACUGCCAGAUCUUCAGGCAAUAUUGCUGAUUCUGAAGUUCCUAGAAAUACUCAGUCGUUGUCAUCAUUGACUGUUUCCUCUAACUUUGAGCCAAGGAGAUCACGGAACACCUCAUCUUUUGUCUUAUCAACUUCCAGUUCUGUUGUGUUUCGUCCAGAUGCAAUUUUUUUGCUGCUGAGAAAAGCAUAUAAAGAUUAUAAUCUAGGAACUGUUUGCAGAAUGGCUUGUAGAAUGCUUCAGAAGCUUAUAGAACCUGUUAUGACAGUAGAUGAAUCAAACUCUUCGACUGAGGUUACAUCAGUUUUGGAUGAGUCAUCAAAAUCGGAGUUUCUUAAUCCUCUUCCCAUGUCUGAUUACUCAAAAUUAUUUGGGGAAGAAUUCCAGUUGAUAUAUAAUCAGUGGGACACUAGAAUUCUUAAUGUCUUGGAUGUGGGAGCUGUGGAAGAAGGGAUUUUACAUGUGCUCUAUGCUUGUGCGUCACAGCCUCAGCUCUGCAGCAAAUUAGCAGACAGCACUUCUGAACUUUGGUCUGCAUUACCACUUGUACAAGCAUUGCUUCCAGCACUUCGUCCUGUUGUAAGCAGCCCUUCUGAUCAUGUUGAUGAUACUUUUUCUCUGUGGAAACAGCCUUUUGUUCAACAAGCUCUCUCGCAGAUUGUUGUGACAGCAUCUUCUUCAUUGUACCAUCCUCUUCUUCAAGCCUGUGCUGGCUACUUAUCUUCAUAUUCACCUUCUCAUGCUAAGGCUGCAUGUGUUCUGAUUGAUCUAUGUUGUGGUGUGCUAGCCCCUUGGAUAACUCAGGUCAUUGCAAAGGUUGAUUUAACGGUGGAACUCAUGGAGGACCUUUUGGGUAUAAUCCAGGGAGCCCGCCACUCAACAGCUCAUGCUCGUGCUCGUGCUCGUGCUGCACUUAAGUACAUAGUGCUAGGUCUGUCUGGUCACAUGGAUGAUAUACUUGGGAAGUAUAAGGAAGUGAAGCACGAUAUUCUCUUUCUGGUGGAAAUGCUAGAGCCUUUUCUUGAUCCUGCCAUAUAUACAUCAACAAGCAAAAUAGCCUUUGGUGAUGUAUCAUUUGCUUUUAUGGAGAAGCAAGAGCAAGCUUGUCUGAUUGCCCUCAACAUCAUCCAUACGGCGACUCGAAAACCAGCUGUUCUUCCUUCUCUGGAAUCUGAAUGGAGGUCUCAAUCAGUUGCCCCAAGUGUCCUCCUCUCAAUAUUGGAACCUCGCAUACAAUUACCUCCUGAGAUUGACAUGUGCAAAUCUUCCAUUUCUAAAGAUGUUGAGCAUGAAUCAUCAAGUGUUUCUUCUGUCCACCAUUCUGACUCUGAUGGCAAGAUAGAUGUGCCUGAUUCAGCGACUAAGAUGGAUGUUUUAGAAGAUGUUAGUCUUCUUUUUGCCCCUUCAGAACUUCGGAGUAUCAAUCUGACUAAUGUUUGCAGCAGUUCUAAAGAAAAUGUCUUGGAAUUUAACCAAGCAAAGUUAGAACAGAAAGACAUUGAAAAAGAGAAUUCUACCCAAUUUCAAAACAGUUUAGUUUUAGAUUCUGGUUUCACUGCUGAAUAUUACAAUUUGCAAGCAGACUAUUCUCAACUUAUGAACUUCCGGGACUGUGAGCUUAAGGCAUCUGAAUUUCAGCGGUUGGCUUCAGAUUUACACUCACAGCCUGAGAUUUCUAUUGAAAGCCAUGAUGCUGCUAUAGAUGCUUUGCUCUUGGCUGCAGAAUGCUAUGUCAAUCCAUUCUUUGUGAUAUCUCUUAAAGCCAGUUCCAAUAUUAUGAACCAGAUGAGCCUUAGUGGGGUUAAAAUUCCAAAGGUGUUUGAAAUUUCAGAGCUUAGAAAUAUUUCUACAAAGACUAACAGUAAUUUGCAAACAAUAGCUCAUCUUGAAAAGAAUAGGGACAAGGUUGUCCUUAAAGUACUGCUUGAGGCUGCUGAAUUAGACAGGAAAUAUCAUCAAAAGUUGUCAGACGGAGAUGAUUGUCAAAGCUACUAUGCAGAAUCUGAUGAACAAGUCAUAGAGAUGUCUCACUUUGAUAUUCAGGCAGUGGAUGCUGUCACCUUGGUUCGACAAAAUCAAGCCUUAUUGUGCAAUUUCCUGAUUAAGCAGUUGCAGGGAGAACAGCAUUCUUUGCAUGAAAUUCUCAUACAUUGUCUUUUGUUUCUGUUGCACUCAGCCACUAAGCUAUACUGCACCCCUACACAUGUGAUUGAUAUUAUAUUGAAAUCGGCUGGCCACCUUAAUGGGAUGUUAACAUCUUUGUAUUGUCAGUUAAAAGAAGGCAAGUGCCAAUUGAAUCCUGAAAAGGUACAUGGAAUACAACGCCGCUGGAUACUGCUGCAAAGAUUGGUAAUCGCUUCAAGUGGUGGUGGUGUUGCAUCGGAUUUUGCCGUCAAUAUCAAUAAUGGCUUCCGCCAUGGGAACUUGAUUCCUCCUUCAGCCUGGAUGCAGAAAAUAUCCACAUUUUCUCAUUCUACUUCUCCUCUUGUUCGCUUCCUUGGCUGGAUGGCAGUAUCUCGAAAUGCAAAACAAUUCAUAGAGGAGCGUCUUUUCCUAACUUCAGAAAUGUCGGAGCUGACAUAUUUACUCUCAAUAUUCGCAGAUGAGCUUGCAGUAGUAGAUAAAUGUGUUUACCGUAAUCAUGAAGAUCGAAAGAUUCGAAAAUCUGGGGGUAAACAAGAGUCUCCGACUUCUAAUGGCAUUGAGCUUGCUGAUGGGCAGCAUGGAGAGCAAUCUUUCCAUGUAAUCUACCCUGAUCUCUAUAAAUUCUUUCCAAAUAUGAAAAAGCAGUUUGAAGCAUUUGGGGAAAUCAUUGUGGAAGCUGUUGGGUUGCAGCUGAAAUCGCUACCUACUGCUGUUGUGCCUGAUAUUUUGUGCUGGUUUUCUGAUUUGUGUUCAUGGCCAUUUGUUCAAAAGGAUCAAGCUACUUUUCAGAGUUCUAAUCAUUUGAAGGGCUAUGUUGCAAAGAAUGCCAAAGCAAUAAUCCUCUACAUUCUAGAAGCCAUUGUUGUGGAGCACAUGGAAGCACUGGUGCCUGAGAUACCAAGAGUGGUGCAAGUUUUGGUAUCCCUUUGUAGAGCCUCCUAUUGUGACGUGUCUUUUCUUGAUUCUGUAUUACAUCUGUUAAAGCCAAUUAUCACAUAUUCGUUGCAUAAGGUGUCAGAUGAGGAGCAAUUAUUGGUUGGCGAUUCUUGUCACAAUUUUGAGUCUUUAUGCUUUGAUGAGCUCUUCAGUAACAUCAGACAAAAAAAUGAGAAUGAAGACAGUUCUAUUGAGAAAGUAUUCAGCAGAGCACUGACAAUUUAUAUAUUGGCUUCUGUCUUUUCAGAUUUAUCCUUCCAACGAAGAAGAGAAAUAUUGCAAUCAUUAACAUUAUGGGCUGAUUUUACUGCUUUUGAGCCAACUACUACUUUUCAUGACUACCUUUGUGCUUUUAAUGGUGUCAUGGGAAGUUGCAAAGUUUUCCUACUUCAAAAUUUAAGGGCCUAUAAUUUUAUUCCUCUUCAGUUGCCUGGCUCCUCUGACUCCAGGACAUUUGAUGAAAGUGGCUCAGAAUCUUUCUCGUGGUUUCUUAAUGAUAUAUUGCCUUGCUCUAGUCUAAAUGAAACUUCUGAGAAGGUGGAAACUAACAACACUGAUGCUGUUGUCUUGAACGAAAAAGAUUACCAUCUGUCUGAAGAGGAAAUAAAGGAGUUCACAAAAGACUUGGAGGGUCUUAUUCCUAAGCUUUAUCCAACUAUUGAGCAGUGUUGGUCUCUUCACCUUCAGCUUGCAAAGAAGUUGGCUAUUACAUUGGCACAGUGUUUUAUAUACUCCAGAUGUUUGUCUUCAGUUGCUCCAGGAAUUCAUAAUGCUGAAGGGGAUAUCAGUGAAAAUCCUUUGGCUUCUAAAUCAAUUGACCAGUUGCCAGCUCAGUGGAAAACUGGUCUCGAAGGUCUUGCUGGAAUGAUUUUGUUGCUCCAAGAAAACACUUGCUGGCAAGUUGCAUCUGUGAUGCUUGAUUGCCUUCUUGGCGUGCCCCUUAAUUUUCCACUUAAUGAUGUUAUUGAUCCUAUUUGUACUGCGUUAAAAAACUUUUGUUGCAAGGCACCAAAAAUCUCUUGGCGUUUGCAAACUGAUAAAUGGUUGUCAAUAUUAUCCUUUAGAGGCUUCCAGAAUCUUCAUGAAAGUGAAAUUGCUCCUCUAGUUAAUCUGCUUGUUACAAUGAUAGGUCACCCUGAACCUGAGCAGCGCUUCAUAGUGCUUCAGCACUUGGGUAGAUUGGUAGGACAAGAUGAAGAUGGUGGGAAAAGUACGCAGUCUUCAAAUUUUUGCAGUAAGAUAGUUUCACCAGGUUUAAAUCAUUCCAUUCCUGAAAAGAUUCUAUCACUUUUGGUCUCAAGUACAUGGGGUCAGGUAGCUGUUCUGGCAUCAUCAGAUGUAUCAUUACCCUUGAGGGCUUGUGCAAUGGCACUUCUUGUAGAUUUUAUUCCAUUUGUUGAUAGGCCCCAGUUGCAAUCCUUCCUUGCGGCAGCUGAUACACUUUUGUAUGGUUUGGGCCGACUAGUUUAUCCUAUUUGUGAGGGACCAUUACUUAAACUUUCAUUAGCACUUAUUUUUAGUGCUUGUCUAUACUCUCCGGCUGAAGAUAUUUCUUUGAUUCCUCAAAAAGUUUGGGAAAAUAUUGAGACUUUAGGGUUCUCCAAAGCAGAAUACAGACUUCCAGAUCUCGAAAAGAAGGCAUGCCAAGUCUUGUGUAGAUUGAGAAAUGAAGGAGAUGAUGCUAAAGAGGUCCUGAAAGAAGUGCUCUCCUCAAGUUGCACAAAACAAUUUGACCCUGAAUUUGGGAGCACCCGAGAGUCAAUACUUCAGGUCCUUGCUAAUCUAACUUCUGUUCAGUCAUACUUCGAUAUAUUUGCAAAGAAAAUGGACGAAGAGGCUAUGGAACUAGAAGAGGCUGAAAUGGAAUUGGAUCUUAUACGAAAAGAACCUGCACUACAAGAAUCAUUGAAAGAUUCUGAAGGGCGCCAACUUCCACAUCUUGCCACUCCUGUGAGAGAUGAAAACCGUCUUCAGCAGAUCAAGGAGUGCAUUCAUUCUUUAGAGAAAAACAAAAUUCAAGAAGAUAUAGUAGCUCGCAGGCAACAGAAACUUCUUAUGAGACAUGCUCGUCGAAAGUACCUGGAAGAGGCAGCUUUGCGAGAAUCUGAGCUUUUGCAAGAACUUGAUAGGGAAAGGACAGCUGAAGCUGAAAAAGAGAUUGAGAGACAGCGCUUGCUGGAACUUGAACGUGCUAAAACAAGGGAACUACAACACAAUCUGGAUAUGGAAAAGGAGAGGCAAACACAGAGAGAACUUCAGCGAGAAUUGGAGCAGGCAGAAUCUGGACUACGGUCUUCAAGGCGUGACUUCCCUUCAUCUCAUAGUAGUAGGCCACGGGAAAGGUACCGAGAAAGGGAAAAUGGGAGAUCAAGUAAUGAAGGAGGCACACGAACUAGUAGCAGUUUGCAAUCUGAAACUGCAUCAAUGGCUGCAAUGCCAACGGUUCUGUCUGGAUCACGGUCGUUUUCUGGGCAGCCCCCCACAAUUUUACAGUCUCGUGACCGCACGGAUGAAUGUAGCAGCAGUUAUGAAGAAAAUCUCGAUGGAAGCAAGGACUCUGGAGAUACAGGUAGUGUUGGUGAUCCAGAGUUAGUAUCUUCAUUCGAUGGAGGGCAACCUGGUGGUUUCGGGCCAUCCCAACGACAUGGAUCUAGAGGGAGCAAGUCUAGGCAGGUAUUAGAGAGGCGAGACAGGGAUGGUCGACGCGAAAGCAAGUGGGAGAGGAAACAUUCUUGACCAAAUUGCCUGGGAAAUGGCGAGGUUUAUAUGAGCCAAAGUGACCGUUACAUGGAAGGGUUAUUUGUUGUGCAAUUGUAGCAUCUCUCUGUAAAAUUUAAAAAGGAAUUGCAGGAAAUUUACAGGCCAGCCAUCGUUGAAUCCAGAGGUGAUUCCGGUUCAUGUUGUACUUCUGCUUCUCAGUGUUGAUUAUAUAUGAACUAUUGUUGUAGCUUCUGCCUCAAUGACCAUAUAUAAUUUGUCGACAAGGAAAUGUGGUUCAACAUUUAAUUUCAUAGAUAGGGGCAUAUUUAUAUUAUUGUGAAAUUUAUGCUACUAUUGUUUGUCUGAAUUCUGUUGACAUUUUCAAUCUAUUAUGUUGUUUCCCUGUGCUCAAACUAUCCUCAGAUAAAUCAAUUAAAGAUUUUAAAUUCUUUUUGAAA